AUGUCUGACCCCGGUGGCGAUGGCAUCCUUGCCAACGCCGAUGUUCGUCUUUUCGAGACCGGAAACUUCGCCGACGCCACCAUCGUGUGUGGUGACCGGGCCUGGAAGGUUCACAAGGCCCUCCUGAGCUCCCGAUGCAAGUUGUUCGAGCAUGCUUUCUUUGGAAACAUGGCGGAGGCUGCGUCCGGGAAGAUUGUGCUCGAAGAGCAGGAUCCUGAUAUAAUCCACAUCAUGCUUCGUUUCAUCUACAGCAAGGACCUCACCAUCCUAAAGCUGGCCAAUGGCAAAGGCAUCCCAGCACUAUGCGUCAAGCUUUUCCGAGUGGCCGAAUUUUUCCUGCUUGGUGAGUUGCGGAGCAAGGUCAAUGCACGUCUCCGUGUGUAUCUCGACGCCUUACUCGCUAUCCCCAGUACCGGUGACAUCAAGAACACUCCUGCACGCAUGCUCGAAAUAGACGAGGUGCUUGAGUCGAUCAGAGAGGCAUACAAAGACAACAGCACCGAGUACCUUCGGCAGAAGCUGCUAAACUUUCUGUGGAUGAAGAAUGACAGAGUCUUCCAGGUGCCAAAGGUCAUGCUCUUGCUUACGGAGAUACCGGGCCUGGGAAAGGAUCUGAUGUUGUCCUACAUCGCCUGUGAUGGCACGACUCAUCUUCACGAUGGGACAAAGCCUCCCCAAGGUCUCAGGGUACUCGAUGCCAUCCGCGCACCGGACAAGAUUUACAAGGCCGGGGAUAAGAAGGGAAACAAGAAGGGACGAACCAAGGUUUUCUGCAUCUUGCGUCACACACCAGGACGCCCGUCGCCUUUUGAAGCUGUGAACGCCCAAACUGGCGUUCUGAUCCCGGAGCUGGCUUGGAUCACGCCGGCCACAUGCCGAAUUUCCUCGAUCGGCAGCUAUGAAACUUCGGAGAUUGUCUGCGUCGGUGAUUCUGAGAAUCGCAACGAAUUGUGGCUUCGUUUCGAGACCGCCGGCGAUGCGAGAUACUACGCCGCAUGCCACAGCGGAGUUGAUCGCUUUGUUCGACAGGAUAGAUUGACCAAAACCCAACUGCAAGGAGAAAUGUCUGCGGCGCGUGCUAGGGUGGUUUAG